AGAGACGAGUACUGUGGCUAUAGUAGUUUACUCGUGCUAACGAUAAUUUCACGCGAGGGAGUAGGGACGGCAUGGUACUGCACUGACCACCGGCCUUAACUUGCAAGCAAGAACAAAAAUCAAAACCCAACUAACCAGGAGAGACCCAGUGAAGCGUAGAAGUCACAGGGACGGCAGGGGGACGAGGAGGACGACAGGAGGGACAGAGGCUGAUAAAAUCUAGGACAAAAGCCCUCGAGCUCACGCCGAUCCGCCUCCUGCAUUGCCUUGAAGCCUCUCGAUUCGGGCAGACCCGAGCUGCCCCGCGGAGGGCUCGAUCUGGGCCCAGAUCGAGCAGGCGAGCAGCAUUUCGAUCCGGUGCAUGCUCAAGUCCCGGCGGUGAGGCAUGGGGCAGGGGCACGUGGACGAGUUCCUUGCAGCCAACCGGCGAGCUGAGGUGAUAGAUUGGCUUGGUGGGUUGCUGCCGGAGUUCGACUUGCCGUUGGAUUCUUCAGACGAGGAGCUGCGGGAGUACCUCAUUGAUGGCACGGGACUAUGCUACAUUGCAGAGAAACUCAUGCCCGGCAUUCAGGAGGAAAUGUGGGGUGGUAAUGCAUCGGAUCAGAGGUCGAAUGUGAAGAAAUUCCUCUAUUUUGUUGCGGAGAUGGGUCUGCCAGGUUUCAGUGUCAAGGAUCUGGAGGAGGGGUCAGUGGCUUCUGUGGUCGAGUGUCUUUUGGCUCUAAAGGAUAAUGUGACUACAGGAUUGCGUCAAAACAUUACGAACAAUGCUGCUAAAACACCCCUUAGAAGGAAACUGGAACUUGAAGAAUCUGAUGAGCCUGUAAUUUCGGUUAUGACACCCGGGAGAAGAUCUGGGGAGGAAAGAUGGAAAGGCCACUGGGAUUCUAAGUCUCAACAAAGAAGUAUUCUUCAUUCUGGACAAAAGGUCCAUGAUGCUUUCCAACUUAAGCGAGCCUCCUACACUGAUCUUCCUCCUGCCAAAGUUUCAGAGAUGAUGCAUCCAAGAAGUAUAGAUAAUGCCCCUACUCAAUCACUUCUUAGAGUUGUUAAUGGCAUUCUAGAUGAGAGCAUUGAGAGGAAAAGAGGAGAAAUACCACAUCGUGUUGUUUACUUGCUAAGGAAUGUUGUUCAAGAGAUUGAGCACCGCAUUGCUAUCCAAGCGGAUCACAUAAGAAAUCAAAAUAGCAUCAUCAAGACCCGGGAAGACAAGUACCGUUCAAAAAUUAAAGCACUCGAGACCUUAGUAAAUGGCACAAAUGAAGAAAAUGAGAUGACAGUAAAUCGACUUGAGCUAGUUGAGGUAGAAAAAUCAAAACUUGAUGAGAAAAGAAAACUAGGUGAACAAGACAUGGUUCGACUGACGCAAGAAAAAGAGAAUGCAGAAAAUACAAUUGUUUCCCUUCAGCAAGAAAUACAGAUCUUGAGUAGGAUGCAUGAACAGUACCGUGAGAGAAAAGAAACAGAGGCCAGGCAGAUGGAGGAACACUUGUCUAUUAGACUUAAGGAGGCUGAGCUUCUUUUAACGCAAUCAAAAAAGAAAGCUGAAGAAAUUGAAUCUGCUUCCCAACUGAAAUCUCAACUUUGGAGCAGGAAGGCAAACAUUUUCUGGAGUUUUAUGGAUAAUCAAAAAUUGUCCAUUAAGGACAUAAGGAUAUCAUCUCAGUCUAUUAAGCAAGAAAUGUUUGCCCUUCAAAUGAAAUGGAGGGAUGAAAUAUCUAACAUUGGACAUGAUUUGAAAGGCUUGGUUGAUGCUGCUGACAAUUAUCAUAAGGUUCUUGCUGAAAAUCAGAAGCUAUUUAAUGAGGUACAGGAACUAAAAGGCAAUAUCAGAGUCUAUUGCCGUGUCAGACCAUUUCUUCCUGGUCAAGAUGGAAAAACAACCGUUAUUGAUUAUAUUGGUGAAAAUGGUGAUAUUCUCAUCACAAAUCCCUUCAAGCAAGGGAAGGAUGCAUGCAGAAUGUUCAAGUUUAACAAAGUUUUUAAUACACGUGCUUCUCAAGUUGAAGUAUUCUCUGAUAUCCAGCCUCUGAUCAGAUCAGUUCUUGAUGGGUUUAAUGUGUGCAUUUUUGCCUAUGGUCAAACUGGUUCAGGAAAGACUUACACAAUGAGUGGGCCAGGCACAUCAAAAGAAGAUUGGGGUGUUAACUAUCGAGCUUUAAAUGACUUGUUUUAUAUCUCUCUAAGUAGAAGGAAUGCUUUCUCAUAUGAGGUGGGAGUGCAGAUGGUUGAGAUUUACAACGAACAAGUGCGGGAUCUUUUAUCAAAUGAUAUUGCACAAAAAAGACUUGGAAUUUGGAGUACAUCUCAGCCUAACGGACUUGUUGUCCCUGAUGCAAGUUUACAUCCAGUCAAAUCAACAUUGGAUGUGCUAGAGUUGAUGGAAAUUGGGCAAACAAAUAGAGCAGUUGGAUCGACAGCUCUGAAUGAAAGGAGCAGUCGAUCUCACAGCAUUCUAACUGUGCAUGUUAGAGGGGUGGAUUUGAAGAAUGGAUCUACUUCCAGAGGAUGUCUACAUCUGAUUGAUCUUGCUGGGAGUGAAAGAGUUGAGCGAUCUGAAGCAAUUGGAGAUAGAUUAAAAGAAGCACAGUAUAUUAACAAAUCCCUCUCUGCUCUGGGUGAUGUGAUUUUUGCUUUGGCACAGAAAAAUGCUCAUGUUCCUUAUCGAAACAGCAAGCUGACUCAAGUUCUACAGAGCUCUUUAGGCGGACAAGCAAAGACAUUGAUGUUUGUUCAAAUUAAUCCGGAUACUGAAUCAUAUUCAGAAACAAUAAGCACUUUGAAGUUUGCUGAAAGGGUUUCUGGAGUUGAGUUAGGUGCUGCAAGAAGUAACAAAGAGGGUAAAGAUAUAAAAGAGCUGCUAGAACAGGUUUCAUAUCUGAAAGACACAAUAUCACGGAAAGAUAUGGAAAUCGAUCAACUCCUGAAGGACAAAGCCAAGUCACCAAGUUCAUCAACAGAUAUAAAUGACAGUAGCCAACAGAUCCGACGACUAUCAGGGGCUGCUGGAUCAGGCGAGGCCGAAUGCGAAGAUAACAUGUCUGAUGAUGGCUGCUCAGUGGCAGGAACCGAGUGUUCUGUAGGUGGUGCUUCAGAGGCGACAGCAGAACGAAUGCAGAAGGCCCCAUCAAGGAUAGGCAGGCUGUUUCUCACAAAGAAUGGGCAGCCUGCAAAUUCGAAGCCAAAACCAAGGGAGUCUGCCCUGAAACCGUCAGGUCGCACGACAUCUACAGGAAGCCAGGCGACAGGAGGAGGAUCUUCAGUGAAACCCCCGAAGAGGCGGUAGAGAAAUAAAGAGCAUCUGGGGUUUGUCAUGUUGAUGGCUGAUGCAAUGCGUGGGCGUUUGUAAACCGACUCGGAGAUUGCGCUGCUGAAACACUACGGUCAACGGGUUGGUGCGAUGCAAGGGUAUGUCACUGUAACGGUUUCACUUGUAAACGGUCUGUUGAGUAUGAUGGUGAGCAGCCGGCUUUUGGUGGGAAAUGUUGUUGCGACA